AUGGCAGCGUGGGCUGCUGCCAGGGCCCUGGCUCUGGGGCUCUGGGGCUGGGCGCUGGCUCCUGCGGUGGCAAUAGACGCCAUAGGCCCUCACGCAGCCGUCCGUCUGGCCGAGCUGUUGACUCCAGAGGAGUGCAGCCACUUCCAGUCGCUCCUGAAGGCACCAGAACCGGAUGUCGACGCCGAGCUGGCCAGGCUCUCCGAGGACCGGCUGGCCCGGGCAGAGCCGCCGGAGCCCAUGUCGGGGUCGCUCGGCCGGCGGUUGCGGCGGGAUGCAGCGAACCCAGCGGCUGACCCUGCGGAGGUCUCCGACGGCUGCCGGGAGGGGCUGGCGGCCUGGCUGGCGGCCAAGGCCCUGACCCUGCCCUGGGACCGCAUGGCCCGAGCCCUGCGGCGCAGCGGCCGCCCCGACGUAGCCCGGGAGCUGGGCAAGAACCUCCACCAGCAGCUGAUCGUGGAGCGACUGCCCCAGGCGCCAUACGAGCGGAGUCCCGCUGGCUGGGCCAGGCCGCUGGCACUAGGCUUCCUCACCGGCUUUUUGGGGGCGCUGGGCGCCGGGGCGCUGCUCAUCCUGCUCACGCUGUGGAUCACGGGCGGCGACGGCGAUGGGGCGCGGCCUGGCACUUCUGGCCUGCCCUCUACUGCCCAGGUCAGGCCCGUCGAGGCGCAUGCCUGGUGGGAGGCAAAGCCGCUCUUGACAGACGAGCAGCUCCCUUCGCUGGGGGCCUGGGCCCACUCGGCCCGGGCUGCAGGUGGGCCAGAUACCCCCUCGCCCCAGUGCCCCAGGCUGUAA